AUGGAAGUCCUCCAUCUGUCCAUGCCACGUACAGGAACAGUGUUCAUGCAAAAGGCACUCGCCAUCCUAGGAAUUCGACUAUACCACGGAGGUGGAACCACGCUUAAGCGACCCCCAGAUACCGUGCGGUGGAUGCAGGCAGCCAAGGCAAAAUUCAACAACCAAGGGCCUCGAUUCCAGCGAGCAGAUUGGGAUCAACUGCUAGGUGACUUUGGCGCCGUGAGCAACAUGCCAUGUAUUGCCUUCGCAGAAGAUCUGAGAGCAGUCUACCCAGAGGCGAAAGUCAUCCUCAUUCAACGAGAUGCAGCAUCCUGGGCUGAGAGUUUCAGAGGGGCCUUUGGGCGUCUGCACGACUGGCGGACGGUGUUGAUUGCGCACCAUUCUGAGAAGUUCAAUUGCACGGCGAAUGUUGCGGUCACCAAAUGGAGCAUGCAGUCAUAUCGUGGGCCCUGGCUUUAUGUCAACUGGCAGUUGGCAACUGAAGUGGCGGAUGGAAGUCGAUUGAUACUAGACCUCACCAUAACGGGCUAUACACAAACGCAGGAUAAUACUUGGUAA